AUGGCGAAGAAAGGCGCAACACAGUCUCCCAAGGCGGGGUCAAAGCCCAAGGCACAAGUCACGGACAACAAACCGCAGAAACAAAAAGGUGACAGGAGAAAGUCCAAUGAGCCGGCGGUGGAGAAAGUAGUCAAGGACGAGGAGGAACGGGAGGACGAGAGCAACGAGGAGGAAGCGCCCAAGAGCAAUGGCAGCAAGACCAAUCAGGCCAAAUACGGGAAUCAAGAGACGAGCGAGGAGGGUAGCGACUCAGAGAGCAGCGACUCAGAAGGCAGCGACUCAGAGAGCAGUGAGGGUAACGAACAUGGCGGCAUCAACUUGGAGGGGAUAAACGAAUCCGACUCGGAGUCGGAACUCGACUCGGAUGAAGAAGGCCCUGAGAAGAACGGUGACGGUCAAAAAAAGAAGAAGAACGAGGGCAAGGAAAAGGACGAGGACGAUGACGGAGACGAGGAAGAGGAGGAGGAGGAGGAGGAGGAGAUUGACGUUGAGGAGCUCUCGGCAGAAGAUGAGGAGGACGAGGAACAGAUUGCCGCUGGCACCCGCGUCCGCCAAACAAUCAACAACAAGGAGGGCCUCCUGACUGCCCUCCGACGCUUCGCCCUCGACACGAACCCCAAGACCGUCCCCUUCGCGUUUCACCAGUCCAUUGUUUCCUCCAAGAAGACGGAGGACUCCAUCCCGUCCAUCGAGGACGACCUACAACGCGAGCUGGCCUUCAUGAACCAGUCUCUAGAAGCCGCCCGGCAGGCGCGCACCCUGUUGCGCAAGGAGGGCGUGCCCUUCACCCGGCCGACCGACUACUUUGCCGAGACGGUGCGCAGCGACGAGACCAUGCAAAAGGUGAAGGCCAAGUUGAUCGAGGAGGCGACCGCCAAGAAGGCGGCGGCCGAGGCGCGUAAGCAGCGCGAUCUCAAGAAGUUUGGCAAGCAGGUUCAGGUGCAGAAGCAGUUGGAGCGCGCCAAGCAGAAGCGCGAAACCCUCGAAAAGAUCAACUUGCUCAAGAAGAAACGGAAAGAAGGCGGCUCCGCGGCCCUUGGCGCAACCGAAGCAGACGACCUCUUCGACGUGGCCGUCGACAACGAGCUCAAGUCUUCUGGCAACAGCAAGAAGCGCUCGGCCGACGGCCGCCCCCAGCCCAACCCCAAGCGGCAGCGGAAGGAUGCCAAGUACGGCUUUGGCGGCAAGAAGCGCCACAUCAAGUCCGGCGACGCCAUCUCCUCGGGCGACCUGAGCGGCUUCAGCGCCAAGCGGAUGAAGAGCAAUAGUUUUGGUGGCAAGCCCAAGAAGGCGGGGAAGGCGCAGAGGCCCGGCAAGAGCAGGAGGCAAGCCAUGAAGAGGUAA